AUGGGCAGGGUGGCACGCUCCAUCGUGCUAGGCUUUUUACAGGUUUCCUCUUCCUUUGAGGUGAAAGAUGCAAGUGGUAAGGUCUGCAUAAUUGCUGAUAUGACAGUAGCCUUCUCAGUGGAAUACAAAAGCAAUGGGCAAAAAGAGUUCGUACACUUCUCUCUUCCACAAAAUGCUACAGUAGAGCCACAGAGCUCAUGUGGUAAUGGUAACACAUCUCAUCCAAUUCUGGUAUUGGGUUUUGGAGCAGGACAUUCAUUAAGCCUGAAUUUCUCAGAAAUUGCAAACAAGUACCAAGUCGAAGAGUUAGUUUUCCACUACAAUCUGUCAGAUGCAACUUUAUUCCAUAAUUCAACUACAGGAGAAGUGAAGAAAGUAUCACAUAAAAAUAUUCUUCAGGCAUAUAUGGGCACAAAAUAUAGAUGCAUCAACUCCAAGCAAGUCAAUAUGAAGAAUGUGAACGUUACUUUUAGCAAUGUUACUUUGGAAGCCUAUCUCACAAAUGGCACUUUCAGUAUGAACAAGACAGAAUGUGCUGAAGAUAUGGUCUCUACUACUGCUGUAGCACCUACAACUCCUAAACAGACUACUAGCCAGGUUCCAACAACUAGCCCAGCACCAACUGCAUCGCCCCCAAAUCCUGCAGUUGGUAAAUACAAUGUGACUGGUCCCAAUGGAACCUGUGUACUUGCCUACAUGGGGCUACAACUUAACAUCACCUAUCUGAAAAAAGAUGAAAAGAUGGGAUUGGAUUUGCUGAAUUUCAUACCACGUAAUACAACUUCUUCUGGGAUGUGCGACAAUACGUCGGCCUUCUUGAGUCUGACUUUUGACAAAACAAGGGUUAUCUUCCGCUUUGCUUUGAAUGGAAGUACUGAAAAAUUCUUCCUGCAAGGUGUGAAUGUAAGCACGACUCUGCCUUCUGAAGCAAAAGUUCCAAAGUUUGAAGCAUCCAACAACAGCAUGAGUGAGCUGAGAGCUACAGUAGGGAACUCCUACAAGUGCAGUGCAGAGGAGAAUCUCCAGGUCACAGACAAAGCCCUUGUCAAUGUAUUUAAUGUUCAGAUCCAGGUUUUCAAGAUUGAUGGAGACAAAUUUGGGGCAGUGGAAGAAUGUCAACUGGAUGAAAAUAACAUGCUGAUCCCUAUAAUAGUCGGUGCAGCCCUUGCUGGUCUUGUUCUAAUUGUCUUGAUUGCUUACUUGAUUGGCAGAAAGAGGAGCCAUGCUGGAUAUCAAACAAUUUAAUGACUUGCACUAAAACCCAGUGUUGAUGAAAAGCAAUUGCAAGAAGCUGGGAAAAAAAAACCCCACACACUUCCCCUGAGCUAAGAUUGAUAUUGUAAGGGAACACCUUUUCUUGCGAAUUGCUUCUUCUUAAAGUCUGCUUUAUUAAAUGUGAAAUCAUCUUGCAGCAUUUAACUAUGCACAAAAAUAACUUCUGAAAAUCCUGGUGUUUAAUUUUGCUAACUAGUUUAAAUAUUUACCCACUUAGAAACAAGCUAAAAGUUUUUAAGGGUGCUUUUUUGGAAUUGGCAUAAGGUAAUGUCAGCUAAAGAUUCCAGAGAGGGAUGUUGCUAAUUCACACUGACUCUAUUUCAGAACUCUUAACAAAGGGAAAAGGUUCAUUCUUCAUACUGCUGCCAUCCAGCGAUGACGAUAAUUAUACUGAUGAUGCAUUUAAAGAAAUUUAGUAACAACUGACAAAAUCAAAAUUUAAAAUCUAAACUCCACCUUGUCUGUUAGGUGUGUAUUUUUUACUAAGCUUUAAACUCAAUGCCUGGCAUAUGCAGGGUGUGAACAACGCAAUACUCAAACCUUACAGGAACUCUUUAUGAUUGGACAACUCCCUUGUUUGAUAUUUUUGAUGCUCUGCCAGCUCGUUAGGAGCUGGUACUUUUUUAAAAUGGGUGUUAUUUUUAUUUACCUUUUUUUGUAAAGUGAUUUCUGUCUCUUCUGUUGGAAGGUCCAGAGAGAUCCUGUUACUGCACAUGUGUACAAUAUAGAUCUCAAUCUGCUGAUUCUCUUGCUUUAAACUUGGCUGGGGGGUUGUACACUUUAAGGAUCAGUUCUUAUGUAUGCAUUGCCUGUAACAAUGCUAAUAAAGACACUUUUUUUUUCUGUAUA